AUGGCGCAGAGUCUUGAGUCCAGGCCUACUGUUGUGGACUUUCGCGAUGACAGCCCGUGGGUGCAACUAGCCAAGGCCCACUGGUUGGAUGCGAAAGUUCGCAAGGCCAAGCCCGAUGUGAUCAAGAAGCAAUUGUGGGAUCCUCUAGAGGCAGAGGCUUUCAGCAGUCGCUCCUUGUUGAUCCUGGAGAAUUUGAAUGUUCUUGAGAAGUUCCUAUGGCCGACUUACACCGGAGACGCUUCGAACCACCAUGUGCUGUUGAUCGCAUUGAUAGUCAGUGUAAAGCACCGCGAACAUUUGCCCAUUUGGGAUAUCUUCUCCGAUCGCGCCGAUGACUUCUCGAGCCUUUUCCACCGCAUUCUCUCCAUGAGCAUCGACCACUCCCUCCCUACACGCUCUCGACUCUCCAUCAUCUCCUUCAUCAUUAGCGCUUUCCAGUCACUCGAGAAUGUACUCAUCCGAAAAGAGUGCGCGCCUCUCGUCUCGAUCUCGGUGUGGCACAAUCUGGCUAGCGACGAAACGAGAAAUCGUAUCAUUGCUAAGGCCCCGACCUUGAAGAAGGCAUGGAAGGCCUCUGGGAAGAGAUAUGAAGCGGGAGAUGGAGCUGCCAAAGCGAAGAUACGCUUCGAGCGCUCAUGGCUGUACACCAUGCUCCUAGAUUUCAUUCAGAAGCUCAACGCACCCGAACAAGCUGAGAACUUGCUGUACUGUGAAAGAUUCCUGGAACUUUUGGUCGACCUCGAAAGCCAGCUUCCUACUCGGCGCUAUGUGAACACAUUGUUGAAGGAUCUUAACCUUUUGGCGGUUAUUCGUCUUUCACAGCUCUACCGCAACCCCGAAAAUGCCCUUCUGCGUGACUUCCACAGCCUCCUCAAACACUUUGUUGAGUUUGCAAUUGAUGACUACUCUGGCGAGGCUCUCACCCCACAGGGGGUCUUUGAUCUGCAUAGCCAGGAAUUGGCUCAGCUGCAAAGAACUUCGAUGAAGUACUUCAAAGACAAGCUUAUGAUUCUUGCUCUGUCUAAUCUGGGUUCAAUUGAGAAACGCUCUGAUCUCGAGGGACAAUUGUCUUCCCUCGAUGAUUCGGAGCUGCAGACGCUAACCUCUGCUCUUGGAUUCCGCACGACCUAUCCCAAGUCGGCAAACGUUAACCCAGACCGCCAAUUCUACUUGGAAGUCCUGGCAUCAUUCUAUGAACGCAAGAUUCCCUUCCAAGAAGCAGUUGAAAAGCUGAGCCCACUACCCACAGAAGAGAACCUAUACGACCCGGCCUUGCUUCGAAAUGAGACAUACGACGGAUCCAGGCCUUUGGCGAUCCCAAAGCUCAACCUUCAGUACUUGAGUCUUGGGGAUUUCCUUUGGCGUUCAUUCCUGCUUUACCGUUCCGAAGCCUUCUUCCAAAUUCGCAAGGAUAUGGAGUCUGUUGUCAAGCGUAUGCAGCCCAAGGCAGGUCGUGAUGGAAGUCUCAACUUCGAGGGAUUCUCUCGAAUGGCGAUUCCAAUCUCCAAGCCUGCAAUUAUUGAUGUCGCACCACCCAAGGUUGGUGCGUCUAACCCGGCUUUCGUUCGCGCCGAGAUCGCGAUUGAGGUAGGCAGACUUGCAGACAGCGUCAGGAAAGAAUGGGACUCUCUUCGUCCCGAUGAUGUUGUGUAUCUGCUAGCGAUUCAGGGACAGGGAGCUGAGGCGCCUCGAAUGACUCAUCUCCGCACUGCCGAAAUCGUUCAAGUUUUGGAUGAACAAGGUCGUGCAUUGCGCCAGCAUCCUGGCCAGGCCAAUGGACACGUGCCUAGAGCCCGGUUGCGCCGACUGAUCGUUCACUUGGAUGCGGCUGCGUUCAAAGCUGAUCAGGAUCAGCAAGCGCACGGCAAGCCAGACAUUUAUCCUCUCAUCAACAUCGUCGCACGCCGCAAGGGCAGAGAGAACAACUUCAAAUCAAUCUUACAAACCAUGCAAAAGCUCAUCGUCUCGGACAUGGCAUUGCCUCCAUGGCUUCAGGACAUAUUCCUUGGUUACGGAGAUCCUGCCGGGGCACAAUACUCACAAUUGCCCAACCGGCUGCGGAAGGUUGACUUCCGUGAUACCCUAUUGGACUGGACUCAUUUGAUGGAAAGUAUCCCGAAUAUCGAACCCUCAGGGGCCGAGAAUUCAAGCACCGGCCCUCCAUAUGUUCUUGAAUAUCUAGACCAAGAGCCAGCUGCAGAACCACCUGCGCCCAAAAAGCGACGCCGCGAGGAACCCCAGACGAACUCUGCUUCCCCAACCGUACGCGUGUCCACCUACAAGCCUCCAAACCCUGGCCCAUACCCUGUCGACGCUCCCAAAUUGAACCAAGUGCGGUUCACUCCUGCUCAGGUGGAAGCAAUCGCGUCAGGCACACAACCGGGACUCACUGUCAUUGUGGGCCCUCCUGGUACCGGAAAGACUGAUGUCACGACACAAAUCAUUAACAACAUUUACCACAACUUCCCCAAUGAGCGGACGCUGCUCAUCGCCCACAGCAAUCAAGCACUCAAUCAGCUCUUCCAGAAGAUUAUCGCGCUCGACAUUGACGAGAGACACCUUUUGCGUCUCGGUCAUGGCGAGGAAGAAUUGGACACUGACUCCAACUAUAGCAAGCAUGGACGUGUUGAAUCGUUCCUCGAUAAUCGCAGUGCUUACCUAUCAGAAGUGAUGCGCUUAGCUGCAUCACUGGAAGUUGAGGGUGCACAUGGAAACUCAUGUGAGACGGCCGGCUAUUUCAACACAGUUUAUGUGCAGCCGACCUGGGCCAAGUUCUGGGAUCAAGCCAAGUCCGAAGAAGUGUCAAAAGAGGAAAUUGUCGCAUCUUUCCCCUUCCAUUCAUACUUCUCAAACGCCCCUCAGCCACUCUUCUCCGCUGACGCCACAAAGGAGUCCAUCAUCGAUACCGCUUCAGGCUGCCAACGACACAUCGCUAAAAUUUUCUCUGAGCUGGAAGACAUCCGCCCCUUCGAGAUUCUGAGACAACCUCGUGACAAGGCCAACUAUCUUCUCGUGAAGGAGGCUCGCAUUAUUGCAAUGACCUCGACCCAUGCUGCCAUGCGCCGCCAGGAGAUUGCUGAUCUUGGCUUCCAUUACGACAAUGUGGUUAUGGAAGAAGCCGCCCAGAUCACCGAAGUCGAAAGUUUCAUCCCCAACGCCCUACAGAACAUGAAGAACGGCGAACUUCCACUCAAGCGCGUUGUUCUCUGUGGUGACCACUACCAGAACUCACCGGUCAUUCAAAACAUGGCCUUCCGCCAAUACGCCCACUUUGAGCAGAGUCUGUUCUUGCGACUUGCACGACUCGGUGUCCCUGUGAUCAACCUGGACAAGCAAGGUCGCGCAAGGUCAAGCAUCGCGGAGCUCUUCCGUUGGCGAUACAAGGAACUUGGCGAUCUCCCUGUCGUUCAAACCGCCCCAGAGUACCAGAAAGCCAAUGCUGGAUUCCAAUUCGACUACCAGUUCAUCAAUGUUCCGGACUACCAAGGAAACGGAGAGCGAGAGCCAACUCCUCACUUCAUUCAGAACCUGGGUGAAGCAGAGUAUGCAGUCGCCAUGUACCAGUACAUGCGAUUGCUCGGCUACCCAGCAUCCAAAAUCUCCAUCUUAGCUACGUAUGCUGGUCAAACGGCUCUGAUUCGGGAUGUGUUGAGCCAUAGGUGUGGAAAGAACCCCAUGUUCGGAAUGCCCAAGAUCGUGACAACGGUCGAUCGCUACCAGGGAGAGCAGAAUGAUUACGUGAUUCUUUCUCUCACCCGUACCCGCAGCGUCGGUUACCUCCGUGACGUCCGCCGUCUCACAGUCGCCCUCUCCCGAGCCCGACUUGGUUUGUACAUUCUCGGUCGCCGCGAAGUCUUCGAAUCAUGCUAUGAACUCAAGCCUGCAUUUGAUCUCCUCCUCCAGCGUCCUGAUAAGCUUAUGCUCGCGCCUGGUGAGAUGUUCCCGUCAUCGCGGGAUGCUAGCGCUGAUGUUCAGGGCACUCCGAUGGAAAGUGUCGAGCAUCUUGGUCAGUAUGUCUUUGAGAUGACCCAGGCUAAAGUCAAGGCUAUGGGAGAUGGAGAUAUUGUGAUUGAGGAUGCUGCGCCAGUUGAGGAAGAUGGCCUUUUGGAGGAUGAGGACGAGCUUAUGGGUGUUGAUGACGAUGAGGAUAUUGUAUGA